CAAGAGCUUUGGUUUAUUUCCCAAUCCGGUCCGACUUAGUGAAAACGAAAAGACGAGGUCCAGUCAUUGUGAAAGUUCCUGCUUCUCAUCAUGGGAAAUUUUGGCCACUUUGGAAAUUUGGAGGACCUGACCUCAGGCUGUGUAUUCACCUAUAAAAGCCGAGUGGAUUUGGAGGUUUGGUCACUUGAGGAGCUUGUUGAGACAGAACAAUGCUACGCAAGGGUAUUACAGAGAGCUUUGGAGCUGCUAUCCACGCCCUCAACACCACUCAGCUGACAGAUGGUGUGAUUAACAGGAGCAAAAGGAUGAUGCUGGACACCCUCGGAGUCGGACUGUUGGGGACCAGGACAGCUGUUUUCAACAAGGCUCUUACGUACAGCCAGCUGUUCACGUCUGAGGAAAGAAGCAGCGUUUGGGGAAGAUCAGAGACGCAUCUCCCUCCUCACUAUGCUGCAUUCGUCAACGGCAUCGCAGUUCACUCCAUGGACUUCGAUGACACUUGGCACCCGGCAACUCACCCAUCAGGAGCGGUGCUACCUGGCCUGCUGGCCCUGGCAGAGACGCUGCCCAGCCGGCCGUCUGGUCUGGACCUGCUGCUGGCCUUCAACGUUGGCAUCGAGGUGCAGGGCAGACUGAUGAGGUUCUCCAGAGAGGCCUACAACAUCCCUGAAAGAUUCCAUCCUCCCAGCGUUGUCGGGGUGAUGGGGAGCGCUGCAGCCUCGGCUAAGCUCCUCGGUUUGUCCCCUGCUCAGUGCUGUCAUGCUCUGGCUAUAGCUGCCUCCUCUGCCGGGGCUCCCUUGGCCAACGCCGCCACACAAACCAAACCUCUCCACAUAGGCAACGCUGCUCGGAGAGGCCUGGAGGCCGCUCAGCUGGCACAGAUAGGACUGGAGGGAAAUCCAGACAUCCUGGACAUGGACCACGGGUUUGGGGUUUACUACAAAGACUACAGCCCUUCAGCGAUGGCAGCUUCUGGGGCCUUUAAAUGGAUUCUGGAGGAGCAGGAUGUGGCGUUCAAGCGCAUCCCGGCUCAUCUGGGGAUGCACUGGGUCGUGGACGCGGCUCUGGCAGCGCGCGCAAAGCUUCAAAACACAAUCGGGGGCUUCGACCUCAGCCGGAUCCGCCGCGUCACACUCCGAGUGCCUCCGUCCAAGUACGUUAACUGCCCCGUACCCGUCACAGAGCACCAAGCCAGGCACUCAUUCCAGUUCAACGCCUGCUCCGCCCUGCUGGACAACAAAGUGAGCGUGGCGUCCUUCAGCGAGGCUCAAAUCAGCCGGCCGGCUCUCAGGGAGCUGCUGUCCAAAGUCAAGGUGGAGACGCCUCCAGAUAACCAGCCCAGCUUUGAUAAAAUGUACUGCGAGGUGGAGGUAGAAACAGAGCAGGGGCAGAGCUACGCAGCCAGAUGCGAUACCUUCUACGGCCACUGGAGGAAGCCACUGAGUCAGCGGCAUCUAGUGGAGAAGUUCAGCGUUAAUGCUUCCUCGGUGUUGUGCACGGAGGGGGUGGAGGGGGUGGUGGAGGUGAUAGGGAACAUGGAGAGGGUGAGAGAGUGUUCGGUGUUGGGCUCGUAUCUGAGAAUGACGAGUAAUCCACCGGAGCAGCUGCACCGUGUGAAGAUUUAGCGAUUAAACCGAGUUUGAUGCAAAUAUCUGUGUGAAACUUUGAGAUAAUUUAGAAAACGAGAAUUAUGUAAUCAUCUUGUAAAUAUUUUUUACCCUGUCUUUUUCUUCUGUGGUGCUUUGGUUUGAAAUAAAGUGAGCUGAAAAAGUGAAA